AUGGUUCUACCACAAGUAGAUGAAGCAUUGAAAGCAGAAGAGAUGCUUGUAUAUGCUUCCGCGGAAUACGCUACGGAUUUCUCGUUUGAAAGAGAGUUUCGCCUGGACGACGGAAGUAGACCGACCUUAGCCUUGAAGGGGUUAAAGGAUGACUUGGCAAAGUGGACAAGAGAGGUCCUGGGUGUUGUGCUCUCAGGAAAUGUGAGCAGUCUGCAGACAGAUUGGGACAGGGACGACUUGGAUAAACCCAAACCUGAAAACAUGACCAUUGAUCGAAAGUAUGAGAUUGCGUUAAGCGAGAUUACUGUUGAUUUUUGUGGUUUAGUAUCUGGCAUUGAUAUGGUUAAGACAGACGAGGAUUUCAGAAAGACACUCUGUGACCUUGACAAUGGUGUUGACAAAUUUCAGACUUGGUGGUGUAAUCAUAGAGAGGAAGCUGAGGUUUUCAAAUUGUACGCCCUUGAAUUGCUGGCAGAGCAGGAAAACCCAUAUGCCCGUAACCUGUUCCAGCUCCUGUCUCAGUCCCAGGCCCUACCUCCUUAUGACUUUGACUAUCCCUCUUCUCAGGGACUCACAGCUGCCCCAGCCUCUAUUUCAGAGGGCAACAGAGGCAUGAGGCAGUCUACAGGUGAUGAGAGACUGAUGGUCCAGGAUGUCAUGGAACACCUCACAAUGCCUGGAGUGAACUUUUUGCCAUCCAAAAGGGGAGCAAUUGCGGCUGCCUGUCAAAUUCAGUCAUACCGCCGCAAUGGCGUGUCUCAAACAGUCUUAAAGGCAACAAGAGCUAGAACCACUAUUUAUAGACAAAAUCCUCCAAACUGA